AUGGAGCCAGACGAGGCCACCGACAACGGAAACCAUGGUUCGACGCCCCGUCAAUUGGGUUGGUACAGGAGGGAAAUCCACGAGUAUUACCGUUAUGACCUGGACGACGAUGGGAUCGUCCAGAAGAUUGUCGAUAAUCCUAAUCCCAAUGCUGAAGAGGUAAACACGCGAGGGCGGGCAAGAACGCCCCCACCCCAGAAGGGAGCCGUCAAACAACGAGACGAGAAGCAUGCUAGUCCAGGCUCCGCCACAGCUGCCGAAGUAAGAGGAGCUACACCCGUUACUUUCAAAUUUUCUGCACCUGCCCCGAAAUACUUUUUAAAGGAGUCGAAACGUGCAAGCUCCAUUGUUGGCAAUACCUAUGGACCGACAAAGCUACAGACCACUCCGUUUAGGUCACAUGCAAGCAAAGGAGAGACUGCCUGGUAUUACAGCCAAUCACCAGCUGACUUGGAUGGACCACUUCCAGAAACGCCAAUUCCAAGAAUGCUGGGGACAAUAUACAUUCAUAGGAGCAUUAAGGACGGGGGAUAUCAAAUUUGGGUAUGGUUCAAUCGGGAUGGAAGGGGGCUUGGAUGGCAAUCCGUGGAUCUGAGUGUCAUGCCUCGACCAUUAUCCACAGCCCUCUUAAUGGUGACGACCAGGACAGCCCCAGUAUCAGCCAAACACUCUCACCCCUCAGUACCGAUCCACGCCCGUACCUCCCCAGAUCCACGCCUGUACCUAUCCAAGACAGCUCCUAAACCUCCCCCGACACGCGUCGAAACCCUCCUACACCUACCCCAUUAA